CUGCCCUCUCCUGGCUAAGGGUUAGAGGGCUUUGUUCAGACGCCGGGACGUUGUCGUUUACAAGCGGUUGUUUUUCUAAACUCUGAAGCGAGAGCUGUUGGAGUCAGGAAUAUCAUAUACGUCGUGUUUACUUUUGUAUUUUGGAAGUACUGUUUCGCUUGUGAAGACAACUUAACGGCGGCCGCUGAGAUAUUUCAGACUUGCUUUUUGUGUACAAACAAAAGUGGGUCCGGAGCUUCUUAAGGUGGAACUGCGCGUCUGUGGCCCCGUCGACCAUGGGGAGCUCUCUGCAGUAAAAUACGGCGGUCCUCUUCAGCGCCAUCAUGACUGACAAGCGAUCGCUUUUCGCCGAGAGGCAGCCCAUGGAAUUGGGAGGAAACGGGCAACUUUCCAGCUGCCGGGAGCCUAGCAGCAGCGCAGCCAGGGGCUUCUUUGUAGGGGUCCCCAGAUCCUGAUCUAAAUCGUCCAUCCCUCCCUCUCUCCCACCCCACUCCUACAUUCGCACCCCCAGCGUUUAGAAAUUCAGUCCAGGAAUAAAAGGGAAGGCUUGCCAGGCAGCGGUGUGUAAAAGCAUCAAAGGGAGAGAUGGAGUCCGUUGGAAAAUUCGAAUUCAGUCGGAAAGAUCUGAUCGGGCACGGCGCUUUUGCCGUGGUCUUCAAGGGAAGACACAAGGAGAAACAAGACUGGGAGGUUGCUGUCAAGUGCAUCAAUAAGAAGAACCUCGCCAAGUCGCAGACGCUUUUGGGCAAGGAGAUCAAAAUUUUAAAAGAGCUUAAACAUGAGAACAUCGUGGCGUUGUACGACUUCCAGGAGAUGGCAAGUUGUGUCUAUUUAGUAAUGGAGUAUUGCAAUGGCGGUGACCUGGCCGACUAUCUCCACUCUAAAGGAACCUUGAGCGAAGACACCAUCCGCCUCUUCCUGCAGCAGAUUGCUGGAGCGAUGAAGGUGUUACAAAGCAAAGGCAUCAUUCAUCGCGACCUGAAGCCACAGAACAUCCUCUUGUCUCACUCUGGAGGGCGCAAGUCAAACCCCAACAGUACCCGUAUCAAGAUAGCUGACUUUGGAUUUGCCCGAUACCUGCAGGAUAACAUGAUGGCAGCAACACUUUGUGGCUCUCCCAUGUAUAUGGCACCUGAAGUCAUAAUGUCACAAACGUAUGAUGCCAAGGCAGACUUGUGGAGCAUUGGAACCAUUGUGUACCAGUGUCUGACAGGGAAGGCCCCAUUUCAGGCCAGUAGCCCUCAGGAUCUUCGCCACUUCUAUGAGAAACAUAAAAGUUUGACCCCAAACAUCCCCCGGGAAACUUCUAGCCACUUGCGUAACUUGCUGCUGGGACUGCUACAGCGCAACCACAGGGACCGCAUGGACUUCGAUGAGUUUUUUCAGCAUCCUUUCCUAGAAGUUAACUCAUCCAUGAAGAAAUCUGCUCCCGUGCCAAUGCCCUCCUACCCAAGCUCUGGUUCUGGCAGUUCCUGUAGCAGUUCCUCGACAUCCCACUUGGCCUCUCCUCCUCAGUCGGUGGCGGAGAUGCAACAGCUGAGAGUCAAAACCCUGGUUUCCCCUACCCAGGAUUCAACAAGCUUCCUUCAUGGAUCAAAGGACUCGGGUGGCAGCAGUAAUAGCAAGAACUCUUCCUGUGAUACAGACGAUUUUGUUAUGGUGCCAGCCCAAUUGCCCAAUGAUUUUGCAAGUGAAGCAGCAGGAGCGAAGCCAGUUCAGGACAGCCUCCUUUACAGUGGCAGACCAGUCGAGUUUUCAGCUACCAACUAUGGACAGUCCGUGCCAAUUCCAGUGCCGACUCAAAUUCAAAACUUCCAACGCAUCGAGCAAAACUUGCAUUCCCCGAGUCAAAACAGCUCCCCAAGAUCUGCCCCGCCAGUUCGCCGAUCUAGUAGUGGCAGCCCGCUGAAUUUGGGACGGGCUGGGGCUUCCCCACCCUACUCAGCAGAGCAUGCGGUAGCGUUCGGUUCCCGCAGGAUGUCCACUGGAGGAUCAAAACCAUACCAGCCUUCUCCACAAGUUGGUACCAUUCCAGAACUGCCUGGCCAGAUCUUCAAUGUAGGAGGAGAUGCUCAAAGCAGGCCUCAGAGCACUGGCCUAACUGUUGCUGGCAACCUUUCUCAUCAUGGUAUGGGCUCAAGGCUCCAUAGUGCUCCAGACCUGUUGGAAGGCUGUAAGUCUAACAGACAAAAAAUAAAGAAGCAAUACUCAGAACCGGUGGUACUUCGUCAGAACAGCCAGUUCCCUCCAUUCCCCACCCUACAGCAAAGUCGACAGCUGCGUUCCUCCCCAAAAUUAUCAGAACUUAUGCAGAGGAAUCCAUUGCCAACCAUCCUGGGCUCCCCAACCAAGGCUGUGCCUCCUUUCGAGUUUUCCAAACCACCAAGCUCACAAAACCUGGUUGCUUUCCUAGCACAAAAAGGUCUUGUGCUGACACCGACCCGAAACAGGACAGUACCAGAUCUGAAGAACAUGAGUCAGCUUCACUGCCAGCAUCCUGGCCUCGGCACAAGGCCUGCAGAAGAAGGCAAAGCUUUUGGCAGGUCUCUUAGUGCUGGAAGACUUUCCGAAAUGUUGUUAAAAGCAGCUUUUGGUGGUCACAUCAUCGACGGUGGCAGCAAUGAAAGUCUGAACACAGAGAGAGCCAUGGACACAACAGCACCAUCUGCUAGCCAGCCAUAUGGAGCAAUGGUUGUGGGGUCUGGAAGCCCGGCUCCUGUGGUUUUUACUGUCGGAUCUCCACCCAGUGGUAGCACACCACCACAAAGUCUUCGGACCAGAAUGUUCUCAGCUGGAUCUUCUAGCUCAGUGAGUUCUGGAGGUUCCUUUAGCAGCAGACAACUUCUGGCUGGAACAUACCUGGAUGGUUUUGAGAGCCCAUGUAGUAUUCGUUAUGGCUUUACUGACCCAGCUUCCAUUAACUUAGAAGGAGUGGUCACUUUUGAAGUUCCUGAGCUGCCCGAGGAAACACUGAUGGAGCAAGAACACACAGAAAUUCUUGGCAACUUGAGCUUCAUGCUGUCCUUCGUGCAGUGUGUGAUGGAGAUUGCUGGUAACAAGGGCUACGUGGCUGAGACCAGCUCCGCCGCAGAGGCUUUCCAAUUGCAGGAGAGCAUAGUUGCUGAUCAGAUUAGUCUUCUGAGCCGGGAGUGGAGCUACGCCGAACAGCUAGUUUUAUAUAUGAAGACAGCUGAGCUGUUGUCGGCCUCCUUACACACUGCUAUGGAGCAAAUUAAGCAAGGUCGGCUGUGCCCCUCGACUGCUGUUAAGCAAGUGGUGAAGAAACUGAACGAAUUGUACAAGUCAAGUGUGACCUCCUGUCGUGCCCUCAGUGCUCGGCUGCAGCGUUUCUUCUACGACAAGCAAAAGCUGAUGGACAGGAUCAACAGCUUUACGGCGGAGAGGCUCAUCUACAGCCAUACAAUCCAGAUGGUUCAGUCUGCAGCCCUGGACGAGAUGUUCCAUCAUGGAGAAGCAUCCAUUCAGAGGUACCAUAAGGCUCUGCUGCUGAUGGAAGGGCUGUCCCUCAUUAUCACGGAGCAGGCCGAUAUUGACAACAUCAACAAGUGUAAACUUUGUAUUGAACGAAGGUUGUCCACUUUGCACCCGGAACCCUGAGGGUCCACCCUCCUGGCACCUUGCAGCGCUGUGAUCUGCACCUGGCAUUUUCUGACAGUUCCUGCUGUGACUGGAUUGGUGUGACGCCGCCCUUCUGCCCCCUGCUCCUUGUCCCGUCUGGGGUUUUGGACUGCCAUUUGCAGAGUGUGGCUGACGGACUUGACUUUUGGAGCCGUGGACACCUCUUUAGAGACUUUGAAUUCCGCAAGGAAUGAGUGGUGUGGUCCUGAACUGAAGAAAUAAGUAGACACGAAGCACUUCAGGGAAAUUGCUGCUUUCAUGUUGAUGGUAAUUUACUUUCAGCCAUGCCAGGAGCACUUGGAGCUUAAUUCCUGUGUGAAUGUAUUUUAGGCAGAGAGUGGGCAAAGAAUAUGAAAGCAGUGCUUACUUCUGGGGACUUUUGUUUGAACACUGUGAGAAGGCAACUUUUUUGGCCAAGUAGAUCCUUCUAAUUGCAGUAGUGCAUGAGUGACUGUCAUCUCAUCCAAAGCACCAUGUUGCUGUUUAGAAGUGGAUCCCAGGCAGAAGGUCUGAAAACACGAGACAAGAGACAGAUUGUGUGUUGGCCUUCAGUCAGUAGCAGUUUGUCUGGCUUAUCUUUUUAAUUAUUACUAUUUUUUUGGUUUUAUUUUUCUGUCUUGCUCCUUCUGUCUAAAUUUGUCCAUAGGCCUUGAAGCACUUAUUUCCAUACUUUAGUGUAUUUUACUGAAUUGCUCAAGGGUUAUGAAAUUGUGCAGGAGAGUCCAAAGCAGAGCUGAAAGUUUUUAUUGUCAGGAGCACAUUAAUAAUUUUCCACUACAUGGUCCUGGUGGGUUACAAAUUGACGAUUCCAGUAUUUCGACAAAAUUAAGAAGCGCAAGACAACCUCUGUCAUAAUGUCCUAGGCUGCUGAUGUUACUGAACAAUCAAAUCAGAAAUGUUCAAAAUGUAAUGGCGACUAGAUAGGAUUUUAUAAGAAAAUUGAAACCCCAGUGUAGUCCCAGCGAUGUCGUCCUCCUCAACAAUCAAAUCAGAAAUGUUCAAAAUGUAAUGGCGACUAGAUAGGAUUUUAUAAGAAAAUCGGAACCCCAGUGUAGUCCCAGCGAUGUCGUCCUCCUGUUGAGGACAUCUCCGUUUGCGGCACACAGUUCAUUUCCUUAAAAACCAAAAAAGAAACCCACUGAAGAGAGUGCUCCAUUUGAACUAAGCAGAAGCUGUCCGCGUUAGCCAGAGAGCGACAAUUGCCUGCCCGCCCGGUCACAUGUGGUUACUGGUGUCAUUGGUUCACAAUAUUGAUGCACUCGUGUGAUAUUUUCAAGGACCUCAGAUUUCCUUUGCAUAUCUCGACCACUCCUCACCCGUCUGCUGUCCAGAGUGAAGAAGGCAAAGAAUCAUGUACAGUCCACCCCCAAAUUGUGAUCUUUUUCUAUCGACAAGCAGGUUGUACUAACUUCUGACAAACUGUGAAAUGUAAAACGUAAUGAUGGAGUGUAGGAGAGCACUUAAUCAGAACCUUUGCUCGCUAUUGACAAGCUUACAACCAAACUACAUCCCCAUCGCCCCGGGACAGCCUGUCUGACUAGGAACACUUGGCAGUGCCGGGCCAAGGCUGCUGCUUUUUCACCCUCGUCCGAGUUUUCAGCACCUUUUCUCAAUCCCUGCACACUCUUGACUAUUUUUUUAAAGCUUCCUGCUCGAUUGAGGCACUUCAGUGUGCAACUCCGUGACUGCUACACUUUAAAAAAACAUGAGAACUUACUGGGCUUUGGUUGAUUUUUGCCUUGCGAAUUUGUUUCGCCGUAACCUCCACAUACCAAGGGCGCUGAUCAUCUCCACCAAUUUAUCUGAAUGCUUACAAAAAUUCAAUGAUGGUGUGUAGGGGGCUUUAAAAAGCUUUUUUUUGUCUUCUUCUUUAUUGCCCUUAUUAACGUUAGAUUUAGGAAACCAUUUUGAAGGGUUCUUACGAAGGGGCCCAGAAUUCAAUAGCAUUAACCGUGAGAGCGUUUGCCUCAGUUUUGCAGAGUGGGGGGCCUUAUAAACUAAGGAACGAUUACAUCCACCAACUCCGCGUGCUGCGUGCUCUACAGAAGAGGGCUCAGUUGAUGAUUUUGCACAUGGUUAGACCAGAAUCGGACCCCGUUUUACCGCUUGCGGAGGGCUCAAGUGGGCGAUGGAGUCACUUCUCCGGUGUUCAUUCAAGUACUUUGCAUUAGUCAGGCAAACUGCAAGUGCCAAGCAGUGCGGCCUUGUGACGUCUUGGGGACGUGGAGGCAGCCUGAGUCACUGAGCAUGCUCUGUCCUUCGAUUUUGUUGCACUACUAAAACUGUACUGUAUAUCAGUGUAUUAAUACACCGUUGGGUACGGGCACUUUGGCCAGCCUGGUUUGAGUUUGUGUCUGGGCGUCUGGCCAAUCGGUAUGGGAAGUGUGUUUAAAGUGAAAUACGAAUGUUUGAAUGUUAGUAAGGUGUGUGUUUUUUUUUUUUGUUUUGAAUUGUUUGCCUUUUUUUUUUUUCUUCUUCUUUUUGUGUCCGUUUUGGACAAAAAUUCUAAUUAUAUUUACUUUAGAGAGCAGAAAAUGUAUUCUGAGUUUAUACACUGCAGAGUUUAAAAAAAAACCAAAACAUUUAUUUAAAUAAUUUCCAUUUCUGUCAUAAAUGUGUUUUAUAUGUAUCGUAUCUCCAUCAGUAGUAUAUGUGGCCACGUAACUAGUGAUAAGGAUGCAGAUUGGCAUGUACAUAUAAAGCUCGGUUUGGCUGACUCGAAGAGCUUAUUUGUAUGCGUGUGUUUGUUGGUUUGCAUGCAAGUGUGCGUCUGGAGCGUGAGGGGCUCGACAAAAAUACAGUGUUGGAUAUUCUACAUUGUGUAACGAUCCUGACAGGUAUUGUUUUGUACUCUGGUGUCAUUUGAUUUUUUUUUUUUUUUUUCUUUACUGAGACAAUUGCUAAUUGAGUCUGGGAUUCAAAGCAUUGCCGGUAAAUUGUGUUGUAUCGACAGAGAGGCCAGUCGCAAUGUCGAAUGGCACGAUUCCGUCAGCGGUCCAUCCGAUCCGUGUGAAAUGCCGAGAAGAGAUGCGGGGUGUGGGGGGGCUUCCCCCUCCUCAUCGUCCCCGGUCCAGGCUCUCACGGCGUCAUUUCUCUACUGAACGUGCUGGGAUGAAUGCGUCCGAGCUUCUCCUCUCCCUCACCAAAAAGGUAUGACUGUGUUUUACAGUUUACCGCAAAUAUUGUAUAUUUUUUCACGUUACUUGAAAACUUGCUACUGUGCUUUAUAUAUUAACGAAAGCUAAUUUUUUUUUCCCUAUCACUUUUUAGUCUGACGUCUUAGCUGUCCUUCCUGUUACCUUUUGUAAAUAAGUGUGUAAAAGAUAUAUUUAUUGCUUCAUAAUUCUAUUGAAAAGCAAAAACUUUAUGGAAGCAGAUUUUACAUUUUCUUUCUGUGGCUGGUAUACAGCCAGUGAGUGAUAGAUUCUAGAAGAUGUGUGUGUGUGUGCGUGGGGGGCCGGGGGGGGUAUAUACUAUAUAAAAUCUAUAAUCACCAAUGUGCAGGUGUGUUUUGAGUGUGUGCAUGUGUGAUGGAUGUAGAAGAUGUGAGCUUUAUUUUUUUUUCUACUGUCAUCAUUGUACCCUUUAUUUCCUUUCCUUUUAUUUGUGCAGCAUAAAUAAAGAUUUUAAAACACUCAAA